AUAAGACGCUAGCUACCUCGCUAGCUAACUCGAUAGCUAACUUUCUUUAAGAAGUUAAGAAGAAUUAGAAGAACAUUUGGGUUUGUGGUGCAGAUGGAAGCUCGGUAAAGACUACCUUGUCUUGUGUUGUGUUGCUUCGUUGUGUUGUUUUUCCUCGGCAGGACAGGGAAAAUACAGUAUUUCUUAAAUGGCCAACUCCAGCUCGAUGUUUUGCCCUCAGUCAAUAUGGCCGCCACGACCCAGCGUCCCAACAGGGGAGAGGUGAAAGGUCAGCUGUCACCUCCGGGUCACGUGACGAGGCGUCGGCCAGCCAAGAAGUAUUGGGGCAAUAAAUCAGCGGCGUGUUUCUCCGGCUUCCAAUAAGCUGACAGAUCAAAUAUCCACGCAGCGCCGCAUUAUGGGCUUUCUGGCACAUUACGGCGCGGCGGCAGUCGGGCACGUCUCUUAUUAAAUAUUGAUUGUGAAGUUGAGGCACAGUAAUCUGCCCUUAGUUUGUGGAUCCUGCUCAAUAUUACACCUCGGUUAUUAUUAACGCGCGGCUCCUAAUUCAACAAAAUGUCUGCGGCUCCGGAUUUGAUUUCCCUACACGAGUUUUGCUCUUUGGAUGUUAUUGCUGCUUAUCGAGUCCGUGUCAGACGUCCACAGGGAAACCGGGACGGCUCGCUCCAAAUGAGCGCCAACAGGAAGUCCACCUCCUUCCGUGUUGGUCAUUUGGCAGAGCCGUCACGUGCCACGCCACCCAGCCGGUUCCGCUUGCUGCGAGGAUCCCAGAGGAAAGGAACCAAGAGCUUCUCCCGGCUGGACCACAGCUUCUGCUUUUAGGUCAGGUGGAUCAACGACCGGAAGUGUGGAGGUUGGCGACGCUGAGUGUUGGCGCAUCAAGGCUUCUUCCCCCCCCUCCCCUUCCCCCGCGCGGAGGUGUCAUGGUCGUCCUGCGGGCGGCGCAUUGCUACCUGGCUGCCCGCGGUGCUCCUCCGCCGCAGAGUUUCACAAGUGGCCCGGACUUCCUGGUACGGCAGCGCGGACAUGGCCGGGCAGGGAGGGAGCCGCGACAGCGUGAGCGACCAGAGAACCCCCGUCGAGAUGAACGCAAGGUCAUGAGUGCCUCGAGGAAGGACCCAGCGGAGAACCAGCUCACCCAUCCCAAGCACCGCCCUGCCUGGGCCGCCUCCUGCCCCCCCGCCCCCGGGCUCCCACCAUGACGUCCGAUAGUGAGCAGGAUGCCGCGGUGAAGCUGGAUCAGGAACGGGCGGACAUCGUGGCCAAAUAUGACAAGGGCAAAGAGGCCCCCGUGGAACCCUGGGAGGACACCAACUUCCACCUCUACCAGCUCAUCGACCGCUUUGGCUUCCUGCAUGAGAACGAGCUUCCGUCCUACGACUCGCUGGAGGAAAAGCACAAACACACGGAGCUGGAGAGGACCACCAAGUGGCUGAAGAUGUUGAAGAGUUGGGACAAGUACAAGAACAGUGAAAAGCUUGCCCGGAGGAUCUAUAAGGGGAUUCCGUUGCAGCUCCGAGGGGAGGUGUGGUGCCUGCUGCUGGAUAUUCCCAAAAUAAAAGAGGAGAAGAAGGACUUCUAUGAGAAGCUGAAGGCCCGAGCUAGAGGGUUGUCUCCUGACAUUCGUCAGAUCGACCUGGACGUGAACCGCACCUACAGGGAUCACAUCAUGUUCAGGGACCGCUACGACAUCAAGCAGCAGGCGCUCUUCCACGUUCUCACGGCCUACUCCAUCUACAACAUGGAGGUGGGCUACUGCCAGGGCAUGAGUCAGAUCACGGCGCUGCUGCUCAUCUACAUGAACGAGGAAGACGCCUUCUGGGCUCUGGUCAAGCUGCUGUCAGGACACAAGCACGCCAUGCACGGAUUCUUUGUUCCCGGCUUCCCCAAACUCCUCCGCUUCCAGGAGCACCACGACCGCAUUGUCAAGAAGAUGAUGCCCAAGCUCAAGCAUCACCUGGACGGCCAGGAGGUGCUGACCAGUCUCUACACCAUGAAGUGGUUCUUCCAGUGCUUCCUGGACAGAACACCGUUCACACUGACUCUAAGGAUCUGGGACAUCUACAUCCUGGAGGGCGAACGGCUCCUUCCCGCCAUGUCCUACACCGUCCUCAAGCUGCACAGGAAGCGCCUGAUGAAGAUGUCCAUGGAGGACCUGGUGGAGUUCCUGCAGGUGUCUCUGUCCAAAGAUUUCCUUUUGGAGGACGACCUGGUGAUCGAGCAGCUCCAGGCCUCCAUGGCGGAGCUCCACAGGGUCAAGCUGGAGCUGCCGGCGCCAGGUAAAGACGAGGAGUUCCCCAAGAAGCCUUUAGGGCAGCUUCCGGAGCUGGCACCGGCAGCCGUGACCCACCUGGGCAAUGGGCAGAGCCACGCAGAACCCGCCGAGCCUCCAAAGCACCCCAGUCCGGUACCGGACCACCAGCGGGGUAGCCGUACCCCCAGUCGGUUACGCCGGGACUCACUGGACAAGACGAUACGCCACCGCAAGGUUGACAUGAGGGACGGUGGACUGGAGGCGGCCUCAAGGGAGCGGCAGAAGGCAUCGGCUUCAACCACGCCCGAAAGGGGGCCGUCGCCGCCCUCGGCGCCAACCCCUGUCCCGCUGUUGAAGACUCAGAGUCACGUCGUCGCCAACCACCGAGACAUCACUCCCCGCUGGUUCAAACCCUCCGAGACCAAGCUAGAAGCCGCCAAGGCGAUGGCAGCCCGAGAGGUCCAGCUGACCCGGGGGGCAUCUCCGGCCCCGUCCGGUCCCGAUGACACCCAGCACCUCAACCGCCGGCCACACUCCAAAGGUUUUGUUCCGGGCGCCAACCGUGGGUCCAACGCCUCGCAGUAUGACAACGUCCCAGGGCUGCCGGAGCAGGAGUUUGAGAUCUUGGAACUGGAGAGACCUCCGUCCAGGAUGAGGACUCCUCGCAGCGAGACCCCGUUCCAGCGGGGUGCCCCCGCUAAUGCAUCCAGUCUUGGCGGGGGUGUCAUCUCAGGAGCGUCCAGGAUGCCCUCGCACCCCCCUCCGCCCUCAUUUGCCCACCAUAACCCUGUAGGGGCCUACACCGGCUUCCCUGGAAACCAAAAUCACUACCACUCCCCUGGCAGGACCACGACUGAGGUCCCCAUCUUUCAUCCGGGCUACCGACACUUGGCGCCACCCUCCCACCUCCCAUCGCCCCCCAACGUGAGGAUGGAGGAUCAAACAUACGCCACCACCAGGCGGCCGCCCAAUAACAACUCCCCCGAGAGGGCUCUCAUGAACACUUUUGCAACCUACCGCAGGCAGCAGCCGCCGCCCGGUGCCGCCCACCACCCUCGAAGACCACCCUUGCAGCUGGAGCAGCAGGGGCGCACCACCCCUAUCUACCUUCAAAAGCUCACCUCCACCGCACAGGUCCACGCCCCUGUGGACUACAGCUUUGAGGGACAAACGAGAGACGAGUAUCAUCCACAGGAUGGACCCCCGUGGGCCCCACCGGUGGAGCGGCCCCCUCAGUCCCCUGGCGGCGUGCCUCGCUCACCCAGCUUCCAGAAAGCUCAGAUGUCUCCCGUGGAGGUGUUCACGUUCCCCGACGCCGAUGGGCCGCAGCACUACGGGACGCCCUUCCGGGAGCAGCACCCCGUCGUGCGGCAACAGCUCCCCCAGCUGUUUGGAGGCACGCACUACAGGCACGCGCAGGAGGCGUUCGCCAUGCAGGACUCCAUGCUGCUGUGACCCCGCGCAUUCGUCUACUGAUUCAUUGAUUCUACUGACUCCCAGCGUCUCGGAUGAAUGAUUCAUUCAUUCAGUGAUUCAAAGAUGAAAAUAUUCGAUUCUCCUUUCGGAUGUAUACAUGAUCAAAGAGUGUAAAGAACUAUUUUAUGUAGAGUGUUUUUCUUCAUGGCAGCAGAGGGAAGCGUCUUUAUUUUUCUAGAUGUUAGUGCUAGAUGUUGACGCUAGCGAGCUAGCUAGAGUUGGCUUUGGAAUCAAAAGAAUAACACUAAUGUGUUAAUAACACUGUGUCCUUCGUGCUUCGGAUUAGCAUUUACCUUUCAUGUAUGGCACACCUUCAGGGAGGCGCUGCCCCCCAUGAAGUGCAAUGUUUUUGACACACUAAGGAUUUUCUUACUUUCAUGGACUGGUCUGUUUUCAAUGGAACUCUUUUUAAAAUACACCUCGACCUCACCCAGGCCCACAUGCACUGCUGCUCUCAAACCUGGCUUGAAUUUAUUACGUCUCGGUAAUCUCAACACUGACAUGUCCACUACUGUUCUGGCACAGUACAAAUGUGGAGGAAGACAUUUCAGCAUGAAAGGUCUCCCGGUCCUUCUGUGUGUAUGUUGCUGCACUGGUGCUGUGCGUUGCAUUCCCCGAGUUAUCUUUUUGAUGACUAACUGCACAUCAUUACCUUAAUAAACUGAGAUGGAAUGGAAAAGACGUCUUUUUCACCGUGUUUGUCUUGUUUGGAAGUCCUUUACACCACUGAACCUCCAGGGGUCGCCACAGUCUCACAGCAAUUACCCUCAUGUCCUCCUUCGCUACUUCCAUAUCGUCAUGGUUGAAAUUCUAAAUAUGUUACAUUUUUAAG